UGAAGAACCGGCGACGUCACCUUACGUCACGCUGCACCAGCACACCUGUAUAUUUGUUCACCCAGUGCCAACUCUUGAAUCCAUAUUAUGAUCCUGUACUCGUCACCAUCUCCCUAGCAUCACGGAGAUUCAGCCGAGGGUUAAUGCAUAAAAAUGGCUCCCCAAGACACCAAGUCAACCUUGCGGAUCGCGAUUGUCGGCGCCGGCCAGGUGGGCGGCGCCGUUGCGUAUGCACUUAUCCUCAAGUCCGCCGCGUGCGAGCUCCUCCUGGUUGAUGUCAAGGUGGACUUGCGGGACGCUCAGAUCCGCGAUCUUUCUGAUGUUGCCUAUGCCGCUGGCGGCGGCGUGCGUGUGCGUGCGGCCACGCACCAUGAGGCAGGCCAAUGCGACAUCGUGGUGAUCACUGCAGGGUCCAAGUACAGCUUGGGCGAGACCAGCAUCCAGCAUAUGCAUCGCAACGUCUCGGUGAUCCGGAACGUGGUGAAGGCUAUGACGCCGUUCCGAUCUGACGCAAUCGUCCUUGUCGUGUCCAACCCGGUCGACCUCCUCACUUCGAUUGCCCAAGGACUUAGCGGGCUACCCAAGUCCCAGAUCUUUGGCUCGGGAACGUUCCUCGAGUCGGUGCGGCUUCGUGGUCUGCUGGCAGACAAAACCGGAAUAGCUGUCAAUUCAAUCCAACUUUCUGUGUUGGGCGUGCAUGGCAAUUCCCAGGUUGUCGCAUGGUCGUCGGCAACCAUCAACGGCAUCCCGCUCCACAAGGUGGUCCCGCCCGACGGCUUCGGACAAGACCAACUGGCAGCAGAGUGCAAGGAGAGAGCAGAGAGCAUCUUCUACGCUAAAGGGGCUACACCGUUUGGGGUCGGCUCUGUCGUGGCAAGCAUCUGUGCUUCGGUCAGUUUCGACCGGCGGGAUAUCCAGCCCAUCAGCCACUUCCAGCCCGAGUUCGGCUGCUGUUUCAGCUUGCCUGUGGUCAUUGGGAGGCAGGGCAUCAUGAGGACGAUCAAAAUACCGCUUGAAACGGACGAAAAUGCUGCUAUCGCUAGGUCGGCCAAGAGGCUGAAGGACAUGAUGGAGAAGCUUGGAAGCUAGCGUCGUCUUACAAAGAGAAGAACAAUAUCUAG